AUGGCUGAUAUUGGCGAGGUUUUUGUGGGAUUGCAGUUUGUUUCCCCUCCUAUUGUUUCUUUUAUGCCUGAGGCAGAAGGAUGGUUCGGUUAUGAGGCCCCUCAUCUCAUGCCGUCCCCAGCUCCAGGUUGCCACGGCAACGACCCAGCAUUUGAUGCGAGUCGGAGUAAAAAUAAUUUUCAUGUGGAGGCUGGGGGCGGGGCCAAGUGUGCCGAUCCUGGAGCCACGCCCAUGAAGGGCAAGAAGCCAAUCGUGGGACUGAUCGGUCCGGGUUCGAGUUCCGUGGCCAUUCAAGUGCAGAAUUUGCUGCAGCUGUUUAAUAUCCCGCAGAUCGCAUACUCCGCCACCAGUAUGGACCUCAGCGACAAAUCACUCUACAAAUACUUCAUGAGGGUGGUGCCAUCGGACGCCCAGCAGGCCAGAGCCAUGGUGGACAUAGUGAAGAGAUACAACUGGACCUACUUAUCUGCCAUCCACACAGAGGGGAACUAUGGUGAGAGUGGGAUGGAGGCGUUUAAAGAGAUGGCGGGGAAGGAAGGCAUUUGUAUCGCUCACUCGGAUAAAAUCUGGAGUAACGCCGGCGAGCAGAGCUUUGACCGCCUGCUGGUCAAACUGCGCAAGUAUCUACCCAAAGCUCGCGUGGUGGCGUGUUUCUGCGAGGGCAUGACCGUACGAAACAUCCUGAUGGCCAUGAGACGACAAAACCUCGUCGGAGAGUUCCUGUUGGUCGGCAGUGACGGCUGGGCGGACCGCUAUGAUGUCACUGAUGGGUACGUGCGUGAGGCCGCCGGCGGGAUCACCAUAAAGCUGCAGUCCGCAGACGUCAAGUGGUUUGACGAUUAUUACCUGAAACUGCGUCCCGAAAACAACCCACGAAACCCCUGGUUCCCCGAGUUCUGGCAGCACCGCUUCCACUGCCGGCUGAAGGGACACCCGCAGGAGAACAACAAAUACAACCGCACCUGCGGGAAGCGGGAUUCUCUGCGGCAGCAAUAUGCGCAGGACACCAAGAUGGGCUUUGUGAUCAAUGCCAUCUACAGCAUGGCCUAUGGCCUCCACAACAUGCAGAAAGCGCUGUGUCCCGGUAUGGUGGGUCUGUGUGAUGCCAUGCGGCCCAUCGAUGGGUCAAAGCUCCUCGAGUUCCUCGUGAAGACCAACUUCACUGGAGUGUCCGGGGAAAACAUUUAUUUUGACGAGAACGGAGAUUCGCCUGGGAGUUACGUGAUCAUGAACUUUAAGAAGAUGGGCAAAGAUUAUUUCGACUACACGAACGUGGGCAGCUGGGACAACAGCGGACUGCAGAUCAGUGACGACGAGAUCUGGCCCACCAAAGAUGAGAUUAUUAAAUCCGUGUGCAGCGAACCCUGCGAUAAAGGUCAAAUCAAGGUGAUCCGUAAAGGAGAGGUCAGCUGCUGUUGGACAUGCACUCCCUGUAAAGAGAACGAGUUUGUUUUUGACGAGUACACAUGUCGUGCAUGUGAGCUGGGAUCCUGGCCCACCAACGACCUCACCGGUGAGUCCACAAACACAUCAGCUCAGACUGAUGACCCCGAGUCUCCUGCACUCACCGCCCGUGCCUGUGUUACACCGCGGGUUCAGGUGAUCCGUAAAGGAGAGGUCAGCUGCUGUUGGACAUGCACUCCCUGUAAAGAGAACGAGUUUGUUUUUGACGAGUACACAUGUCGUGCAUGUGAGCUGGGAUCCUGGCCCACCAACGACCUCACCGGUGAGUCCACAAACACAUCAGCUCAGACUGAUGACCCCGAGUCUCCUGCACUCACCGCCCGUGCCUGUGUUACACCGCGGGUUCAAAUACUGGCCGGCAGCAAAAAGAAGAUCUGCACCAAGAAGCCUCGUUUCAUGAGCGCCUGCGCCCAGCUGGUGAUCGCCUUCCUACUGAUCCUCCUGCAGCUGGGCAUCAUCGUGGCGCUCUUUGUGAUGGAGCCUCCCGACGUCAUCCACGACUAUCCCUCCAUCCGCGAGGUCAACCUCAUCUGCUACACCACCAACUUAGGUGUGGUGGCGCCGCUGGGCUACAAUAGCCUCCUCAUCAUGAGCUGCACCUUCUACGCCUUCAAGACGCGCAACGUUCCCGCCAAUUUUAACGAAGCGAAGUAUAUCGCCUUCACCAUGUACACCACCUGCAUCAUCUGGCUGGCCUUUGUGCCCAUUUACUUCGGCUCCAACUACAAGACCAUCACCAUGUGCUUCUCCGUCAGCCUGAGCGCCACCGUGGCUCUGGGCUGCAUGUUCGUGCCAAAGGUUUACAUUAUCCUGGCCAAACCAGAGAGGAAUUUCCGCAGUGCGUUCACUACAUCGACAGUGGUGCGCAUGCAUGUGGGAGACGGAAAAUCAUCAUCCGCGGCCAGCCGGUCGAGCAGCCUGAUUCAGUCUCACGGAUCGUCAGGAGAGACUCUCAGCUCUAAUGGGAAGUCAGUGACGUGGGCCCAGAAUGAGUGCAGUUCCAAAGGCGGCCACCUGUGGCAGCGUCUCUCCUUCCACAUUAAGAAGCGCGAAAGUAACCAGACGGCCGUGAUCAAACCUUUCUCCAAAACGUCUGAGGGACGCUAUUGCGGAGGCAGCGACAUCAACAUGGACAACAGCAACAACAAGAUGCUCUAUGAGGUCACCGAAGCGGAGGAGCGCUACCCCAUCACCUACCGGCCCCAAACACCCUCACCGAUCAGCACCGUGACCCAGAGAGCGAGCAUUGCAUUAUCACAGAGCACUAGCGCUGCUGACUCCCAGGUCAUGAGCGUGUCCACAUACAUGUGUCAGGCUCCGCAUCACGGUAACGGCGGUGGAAGUGCAUCGCAGGGCUCUCUAAUGGAGCAGAUUAGCUGCGUGGUUAACCGCUUCACAGCUAACAUCAGCGAGCUCAACAGCAUGAUGCUCUCCAAUUCUCCUCCAGGAGGCGCUGUGGGUUUGUCCACCAGUGCAUCCACACACGCUCACUCUGUCGAGCCCUGCUGUCCUCCGGCCUACCGCCUAUCCCGAGAAAUUUCAAUGCCGACUACCGUGACCACCUAUGCCGAAAUCCAGCCCCUCCCACCGGUGGAGUCUAAUGUGGGUCACUCUGCCCCUCCCUGCCCACUUUCCAGUUCAUCGCGACUCAAAACUUCGCCCACGACCAGUGGGAAGGAGAUAAAGGUGGGCGUGUCCUCAGCUCUGGAGUCGCCGCCCAAUCAGCAGGAGCUUGAGGAACUGCUAGCGCUGACUCCGCCCUCCCCAUUCAGGGACUCCGUUGGGUCGGGUAGCGGCUCGCCGAGUUCUCCCGCUUCAGAUACCGAAACGUCUGCUCUUCCGCCCAUCCCAAAAUACGAGUGCCUGGUGCUCCGACACUACAGCCAGAGUUCGUCUUCGUUAUGAGGACAACAGAUGGAAGAAUGGAGUGCUGAAUGGCGUAAUUCACGUAGGUCGGAGACGGACACUGCUUUAGUGUGUGUGUUUACAUGUUCUCACCUUUGGACCAAUGCAAAACAGGGUGUUGCCGUCCCUGCGGAGGAAUAUCUCCAACAUCAGACCUGCAGUAGAAUCACAACGAUGUCUAAUCGUUCGUCUAGUUGGCGUUCCGUUGGUCUAUUUUGGUAGUGGCCUUAAACAAACAUGGCUUUCAUCUAAUUAGUGCUGUUUCUAUGAGGACUACAAUAUGUUGUUGUGCCCCCAGCAGGACGGGGGUGGACGGACACCCAACCUGGGACGUUCUCAUACACGGACAUUACGAGCCUUUUUUGCUACGUUCAGCAUCAAACAAUGAGAUUAUUAAGGGCUGGAAAAAGGCACAGCAGCAAAGGGAAAAGCCUGUAUAAUUACAUGUUGCGUAAUCUUUAACUCACACACUCGUACGCGACUGCUGGUGCGCUGUAAUAAUUGAAGAGCAGGAGGUGACGUCCCCGAUGCUUUCCGAGAUUCAAACGCAAUCUUUGAACAAAGUGCUUUGUUUGAUGUACCGCAGGACAGCGUGAGAGAGCAAACAGACCGAUACUCAGACA